GCGGGUUGGGGGAAGGGGAGAGCCUAGCUUCAGGAAACGGUGCUUUCAGUGUGAAGAGUAAGGGCUGUUCGGCCAGUCAUAGAAGCACCACUCAGCCCUGUUGUGUUCUUCUGGAAUGAAGACCUGGAGUUCAGAAUGUCCUGCUGGCCCCUGGAUCUGGCUUUCCUUAUUGCCUUGCACCAACUCUGCUUGAAUAUCUGGAAAUACAAGGCUAUGGAUGAUAUUCUGUGGAGGCCAAGUAUAAUACCAUGCUACAUGUUGUGCAAUCAGAAAUUCAUUCAUAUGAGGAAAAGGCAGUUAAUACCUAUGGGAAAAUGCCAAAGAAAGCAGUGGUCAGACUGAUUGCUUUUUGGCAAAGGCCGAGCUCAAGAUUUACCAGGGGAAGCCCAUGUAAGUGUGACCUGAGGGGAAGUUACAAGUGCCAGAGCAUUGCUGAGCCUGGAAACUGGAAUUUCAGCUACCUUGUAAGAGUCAAAAAGCCAGAAGGACCAGAGCAGCCUGCACUGCUGUGUGGACCUGUUGCAUGACCUGUUCCUGCUCUGGCCCUGGAGGACCCAUAAUGUGUGUAACUAACACCCUGCAGAUGGACAACAAUAUAAGUUGCUUCCAACUUUUGUUACUAUAAACAAUGCACUAAACAACCUUAAAUGAAUUGGUUUUUCACAUGUGGGUAAGUAUAUCUGUAAGAUACUUUAUAAAAGUGGAAUUGCUGGGUGAAAAGCAUCACCAAGUUGCCUUUUUAGAGGUUGUAUUGGUUUAGUUGCUCAUAGGCAAUAAACAGAAAUCUAUCUGCAGGAGAAACAGAGAAAUCAAGAAAGCGAAGAGGGAGCCAGUUGUGACACCCUUAUGUUACAGAAUGCUACCCAUCAGUUAAAAUAAUUACUUUCUGGCCUAGAUUCGAAUUAUGGACUUCACUUUGAGCCCUUUGGAGAGGAGGAAGGCUAAAACAUAAGUGGAAGAACUCUGUAAGACACUUUGGUAUUCCUUCAAUAAGAGGGGUAACACAGAAAGUGUAGGGAGGCGCGUUGCCACAGAUUGCCAGCAGGGCUGAGCAGGCCAAGGAGGCGCCAUGCUGUCUGUGCCCAGCAGUGGCUCAGUCCCCAGUAAAUGCUAGUGUCAACAGGAAGAGUGACACCUAGAGAUGUGUGACUAUUGUAAGAAGUGACAGUGCUGCUGGGCAAAUUAUAUGCGGUAGCUGUAAGCACAUGAGAGACACUUCGUAGGGACUCCCCAGAACAUAUGGGUGGAACUUUGUAGGGUACUGGGUCUGCUGCCUGCAGCAGUGAAGUGUUAAAAGCUGGUAAAAUACAAAACUGGCUACAAAACUCUCAUUUACUAAGGCUGUCCUUUUUUUCAUGUCUAUAUCUUUGGCUCAUAAACUGAAGUAGCUGUGCUGUGUGUGCUGUGCUUAGUCGCUUAGCGACUCUUCCCUUCUCCAGGGGAUCUUUCUGACCCAGGAAUCAAACCAGGGUCUCCUGCAUUGCAGGUGGAUUCUUUACCAGCUGAACCACCAGGGAAAUCUCAAACUGAAGUAGGAUUUUCUUAAAAAUAACAAAGUAAAACAUUCUUGUUCCCUGGGUCCUUAAUAACACAUCUCAGCAAACUCAGGUUGUGACUGAGUAAUUUUUUUUUACCAUCUGCUGUUUGGUUUUCUUGUCAUUUGUUUUCUGCUCAGCAGAGCCAGAUUAGUUAUCAUUGUCCUUAUUUGGCAGAUAGGCUACAUUCUACACACAUACUGAUUUCACCUUAGCAUUAUGUGGUAACAAAGCUUUGUGUACAAUCAGAGCUGUAUCUUUUCUAUCCUGUAAGAUCUGGUCGGCCUUCCUGCAGAGGAUUUUUGUUUUAUGUUUCACUGCAUCUUGUUUGUGCCAUUCUUAAUUUACACAACAGAGAUGCUGUCAACGCCAAUUAACAUUUAUCAAGGGCCCCUUGGAUGCAUGGCUGUACAGGGACUAAUUUAAUAUUCUCUUUGUUUCAGAUAUCAGGUGGCUCCUUCAAAUGAAUUUUUAAGUAUCUCAGAUGAUGAAGAAGAACAGAGACAUCAAUUAGGAUUCAGAAGCCAAGCCUCUCUAGAAAAUGCUUAAAGGAGGGCAUCAAGGAUUAAUAUUAAUAUUUGAAAGCUUACAAGGGGGUAUCCUUUGCUUCAGUUAACAUGUGACAAAAGUAAAAUGAGACUGCAUUUGUUGUUCCUGGAAGAAGCCUGGAAGCAUUCCAUUCAGACAUCUACCCUUUAACUGUUACAUUUUCUUUACUUAUUUUAGUUCUUCUAAUCUUCAAGGCUGAGUCUGAAUCUUUCUACCUGAACUUUUUUCUAUCCAUCACUUUUAGGGAUGUCUCCUUCCUCCAAUUCCUAUGUUGUUAAUACCACUUAUUUGGCAAUUUAGCACAUGAUACAUUGUACUAUUACUGACUAAAUAUAUGUUCACUCUCCCCAAGCAUAUUAGAGAACUAUCUGGACAAUUUAGUUCUUUUCCGUUGUCAGGGUCAGCAUGGCAUUCUCUCAAAGGUAGAAUCUCAAGAAACAUUUACUGAUGAUGGUGGCAAUAAUUCAUAAAAAACAAGCUUAAUUUCAUUUUUUAAAAAGGAUGAGAGGAGAAACAAAGCUGAGGCUCUGAGAGUUGAGACUCACAGCCAUCAUUAAUGAACGUGUCCUAAUCUAGGAGCUAUAUGUACAUCUUCUAGGGGAAGGGGUUGUGAGAGGCAGCAUCACCGGAAGUCAGCAGUUUGCCUUUCAAGAUGCAAUUUUAAAAAAAUGGGCUUUGGCCUGCCUAAGCUAUAUUUAUUUUCUGGCCUCUUCCUUUUGAUGUGGUAGUAAACAGUGUAGCACGGUUGUCCAUGGCAGGAAUUGAUAUUCCAAAGAACAGACCUGAAUAUUUUCACUUCAUAAAAAGAAACAUUCGGUUCUGUCAUACACGUUGGAAUUAAAAACACACCGUCCUGUUUAUGACGUCAAGAAUCGGGGCCCAGCGAGGUCGGUGACUCAACGAAUCCCAGCAGUUAGCCCAUUGUUGCAGAGCGGCCCACAAACCAGACGCCAUCAACAUCUCCUCAGGACGAAGCUCCCGCGGGGCCCCGCCCACUCCGGGUCCGGGAGCCUCAUUGGCCGGCCUUCCGCCCGCCACUUCGACCGGCCCGCGGGAUUUGGCUCGGGAGGCGGGCGUUUUCCUUUCCGACACUAGUUGGUCGAAUCUUAAUGACGGCAUGGGGUUUUCCGAGCCUCAAUUGGUUCUUAGGCUUCAGAAUGGGCGGGGAAAGGCAGAGCGACAGGGCUCAAGGAGGGAAUCGCGGAGUGCGCCGGCGCGUAGUCGAGGACGCUGGGCAGAAGCUUUUGCUAGGGAACCUACUGUUGUCGCCCCGCCCCCUCGGGGCUUUUUGUCCCGUUAACUGUCGGGGUGGCGGGGGCUCCAGCUCAGGCCGACAUGCCGGUGCGCUUCAAGGGGUUGAGUGAAUACCAGAGAAAUUUUCUGUGGAAAAAGUCGUAUUUAUCAGAGUCUUGUAAUUCCUCAGUGGGGAGAAGACACCCGUGGGCUGGACUUAGAUCAGAUCAAUUAGGAAUCACAAGAGAACCAAGUUUUAUUUCGAAAAGAAGAGUCCCUCAUCAUGACCCACAAAUUUCAAAAUCUCUUGAGUGGAAUGGAGCUACCUCAGAGAAUGAUGUGGUCCUAUCACCAGAACCUGAAGCCCCUAGAACACCAGAAUCACAGGAGGCAGAACAAACAGAAGAUGCUAACCAAGAAAGACUUCUUGCAGUAGAAGCCUGCAGGGGUCCCAAGAGAACCAGAUCUCACUCUGCAGAUUCCAGAACUGAGGGGGCUUCAGAUAUUGUAGAAAGUAAGGAGGAUGUAAAAACAAACCAUGUACCAGCUAAUGAAAAUGUGGAGCUGAAACAUUCUACCAAGCCUCUUUCAGAAAAUGUAGAUGAUAGGUUGGAUAGACUUCUGCGGAAGAAAGCUGGAUUGACGGUUGUUCCUUCACAUAAUGUCUUGAGGAAUUCUGAAUAUCAAAGGCAGUUUGUUUGGAAGACCCCUAAACAACCUACUCCAGCUUUUGCAACCAAUCAGGUUUUCCACAAUAAAAGCAAAUUUGUUCCACAAUUCAAAGGUAACUCAGUCAUCCAUGAAACUGAAUACAAAAGAAAUUUUAAGGGCUUAUCCCCAGUGAAAGAACCAAAAUUAAGAAGUCAUUUGAAGGAAAACGGAAAUUUUGAAACAAUAUCUCCUGAAAAGAAGUGUAAUAAAACAGAUGAGCCUUUAAAAUCAGAAGCAGAGAUGGAAUCAAAAGACUCAAACCAGCCUAAAAAGAAACUUACUCCUUGGAGACAUCAAAGGCUUGGGAAGGUGAAUUCUGAAUAUAGAGCAAAAUUUCUGAGCCCAGCCCAGUAUUUAUAUAAAGCUGGGGCUUGGACACGUGUGAAGGAAAACAUACCAGAUCAGGCUUCUGUAAAUGCCAUGUGGUAUGCGGAGGUUAAAGAACUCCGAGAGAAGGCUGAGUUUUAUAGGAAACGAGUUCAGGGAACCCAUUUUUCUCGGGACCAUCUAAAUCAGAUUCUGUCUGCAAGCAACCGCUGUUGGGAUGUCUCCUCAACUACAAGCUCAGAAGGAACCAUUAGCAGCAAUAUCAGAGCGCUAGAUCUUGCUGGAGAUCCUACAAGCCAUAAGACUUUGCAGAAAUGUCCUUCUACACAGCUAGAAGAAAAAAGACCUAUCUUGGAAGAACAGCCCCAGAAAACUACCACAGAGAAAGUGGGUGUGUCAGAUGCUCCCAUACCUGUUAGAAGGCGUCUGGCUUGGGAUGCUGAGGACACCACUGAAGACAUACAGAAACAACCGAGAGAGGAGGAGGAGGAGGAAGAGGAAAGGGACAAGCAGGUUAAUGUGGAAGAGCUGGAGAAGUUGGAAGUACAGGAAGAAUCUAAAGCAGACAAGAUAAAAGAAGAGUCGGAGUCAUCUUCUAUGUCUUCAGGGAAAGGAGGCAGGCUUCCUACUCCAAAGCUGAGAGAACUGGGUGGAAUCCAGAGGACUCAUCAUGAUCUUACCACUCCAGCUGUUGGUGGUGCAGUUUUAGUGUCUCCAUCUAAAGUGAAGCCUCCAGUCAUAGAACAGAGGAAAAGAAUAUCCUCUCAGGAUGGCUUAGAAACUUUGAAGAAUGACUUUAGGAAGAAAGAAAGUCAUGCUAUAUCCCUCCUGACUUCUCCAGCUGCUGGUAUUAAAACAGUUGAUCCCUUGCCUUUGAGGGAAGAUUCUGAACCCAAUAUCCCCAAAUUUGGUGAGACAACUCUUCCAGUUUCAAAAAUACUAGAAUACCCACCUAACACACCUGGGAAGUCUGCCUCUCCACCCUGCGCCCCAUCCUACUGGCAUCCUUCUCGUCGGAUUCAGGGCUCCCUGAGAGAUCCAGAAUUCCAGCAUAAUGUGGGAAAAUCAAGGAUGAACAAUUUCCAGUUACCUCAGCAUGAAGCCUUUAAUGAUGAAGAUGAGGACAGGUUCUCAGAAAUCUCUGCUCGCUCUGCGGCCUCUAGUCUCCAGGCUUCUCAAACUCUGGCACGAGCUCGGAAAAGGAAGGAGAGUUUCUGGGGCAAAACAUAACUAGGCAGACACCUAGUUGGGUUGCUUUUAUCUGGGGGAACCAUUGGCAUACUUUUUCAUUAUUGCUUUACUAUAUUAAGACUUCAAGUAUUUGGAUUUUUUGCUAACAUUUCCUACUUAAAAAGAAUUGUUUUUUUUUUUUUUUUUUUUUU